AUAGCAGCAGGCUGCAUCGUUUUUAACAUAUGGGCUGGAGGAAACAUUGCCUGUCCCACAGUGAGAAGAAAUUGACAGAAGCGGUUUGCCAGGCAGCCUGCUGUAUUCGCAAGUAAGCACAAGCUCCUCCAUGUUCCAGCUGAAGCACUAGAAAAAAACGAAAGCUUGGGGCAACACCGAGUUAAAAGUUUCCUCUUUUGAAUAGAAACAUCUGGAUCUGGGCACUUUGCAGAAAGCUGGAAAGCUGCUGGAGAAAUCAAAACCGCUAUUAGGCAAAGUAUGGUGCACACAUCAUUGAAACUUUGGGGUCAAAAGGUUGCUAUAAUUGUUUGACUUGGGGGACUCUGGAAAGGCAUAAAUAGCCGGCUCUAACUGUCAGCUCUUGCAGUCCUUCCUCCUGCCAGCCCAGACACAGGUGCUGUCUUCUCAGCUCGGCUCCUCUCCAUCUACAUAAAAGACAGUCAUGGAAAAGCUGAUGUGUGUCUGUAGAUGCAGUGCAGUGUGCUGGCUGGCUGUGCUUGCAGGGCUUUGCUGUGUCUACAGUCUGCCUCUAGAUGUAGACCCUGUCUGCACUGCAGAAGGAAAUGCCAAAUACAGCCUGGUCUUUACAGGCAAGUGGAGCCAGGCUGCCUUCCCGAAGCAAUAUCCCCUAUACAGACCUCCUGCACAGUGGUCACCAGUCAUCGGUGUAACCCAUAGCUCUGACUACCAUACGUGGCGAAGAAAUGAAUACGCCAGCAACGGUGUGCGAGAAUUUACGGAGAAGGGAGAAGCAUGGAUGUUAAUGAAGGAGGUGCAGUUGGCUGGAGAGAGGAUUCAGAGUGUCUAUGGUAUUUUCUCUGCUUCAGCCAUCAGUGGUGGCACUGGACAUACUGCUACUGAGUUUGAGGUCUUCGCAAGACACUCUCUUCUCUCCUUCAUCGUGCGAAUUGUACCCAGCCCAGACUGGUUUGUUGGCGUGGACAGUCUGAACCUUUGUGAAGGAGACCACUGGAAAGAGAGCAUAACCUUGGACCUGUAUCCAUACGAUGCUGGAACAGACAGUGGCUUUACAUUCUCCUCCCCAAACUUCGAAACCAUUCCUCAGGAAAAAGUCACUGAGAUCACGUCGUCCUUCCCAAGUCACCCUGCCAACUCCUUCUACUACCCCCGGCUGAAGCACCUCCCCCCCAUCGCACGGGUGACCAUCACCAAGCUGAAAGGAAACCAUAUCGACAGUGUGCCUGCAGCACACACGACCCCCACCCUCAUUCCAAUCGACAACGAAAUAGGUGACGCCCUUACAAACACCCCGCUGGACUGUGAAGUCUCGGCGUGGUCUUCCUGGGGAUUGUGCAAAGGGAAGUGUGGGGAGCCAGGCAUCAGACACAGAACGCGCUACAUCCGCUUGAAACCGGCCAACAACGGCGCUCCUUGUCCAGACCUCGGGGAACACACGGACUGUGACCCCGACAACUGUGUGUAAAUCUCACACUAGAUCCUCUGUGUUUGGCGUAGCCUGUAUCUCCAGCUGCUAGAUGUUUUUUUUUUUUUAAACGGAGUAUAGGUACACUACGAUGACUGUAUCCCUAUGUGCUCCCUGGGGCUUUCUCAAAUUAAUUAACUGAUUUAUUUAGGUAUUUGCUGCCUCGACAUCUUUUCCCUCUCUCACCAUUCCCUGAUCUUCUUGAAAAAGUCACCUUAUCAAAUGUAACCUUACAGCAUGAAACUUGAUCCAAGAGCAGGGAGGAUCAGCUGACAUACCAGUUUUUCUAAAACAAAUCUGCAUUUUUCAGGACAUGUUUUUCAUUAUUUACUCUUGAUUUAACAGUUUUAAAUCAAUGUCAUCCACAUUUUCACGUGCUGUCCCCCCCCCAAAAAAAAA